AUGACGACUACAAAGAUACCCAAGGAGCAAUGGGCGCAGGUACUAGAAGCCAUUAAUGGCCCCGUCACCUACAAGAAGAUACCUGUGCGAGAGCCAGGGCCGGAUGAAGUUCUCGUGAACGUGAAGUAUUCAGGCGUUUGCCAUAGUGAUCUUCACGUUCUGCACGGCGACUGGGCCUUGGAGGCAAAGCUCCCACUAGUAGGUGGCCACGAAGGCGCUGGCAUUGUCGUCGCGAGGGGUUCGCUGGUAACUGAGCUCGACAUUGGCGACUACGCUGGCAUCAAAUUAAUGAACAGCACGUGCUUGGACUGCACGUACUGCAAUCAGUCGGACGAGCCGCUGUGCGAAAAGGCACAGUUGUCUGGCUACACAGUCGACGGAACGUUUCAGCAAUACGCCAUUGCGAAGGCUGCUCAUGUCGCCCGCAUCCCAAAGGAUUGCAAGCUGGACGCAGUGGCUCCCAUUCUCUGCGCUGGCAUUACCGUUUACAAGGGGAUCAAAGAAUCUGGUGUACGACCUGGCCAGUAUCUCGUAGUCGUUGGCGCGGGUGGUGGACUUGGCAGCCUCGCCAUCCAGUAUGCCCGCGCCAUGGGCAUCGAAGUCAUUGCGAUUGACGGCGGGGACGAAAAGAAGGAUCUUUGCCUCAAGCUUGGCGCUAGUACCUACGUGGAUUUCCUGACAAGCAAGAAUCUCGUCGCAGACGUCAAAGCCGCCACGGCAGAUGGUCUUGGACCGCACGCCACCCUGAUUCUAGCUGUCAGCCCCAAGCCAUUCCAGCAAGCUACGGAGUAUAUCAGAGCUCGAGGAGUAGUUGUCUGCAUUGGCAUGCCGCCGAACACAAUGUUCAGCGCUCCCGUUUUUGAUACAGUCCUACGCAUGAUCACUAUCAAGGGCAGCUACGUCGGCAACCGCCUGGAUACAGCAGAGGCAAUCGAGUUCUUCCGCAAGGGGCUUAUACAUGCGCCAUAUCAGACAGUCGGUCUCAGCAAGUUGCAGGAAGUCUAUAAGAUCAUGGAGGAGGGCAAAGUUAUCGGCCGUUAUGUAGUCGAUACGAGUCGAUAG